AUGAAAUUCUUCUCUGUCGUCUUCGCCGCUGCCCUCGCAUCCGUAGCUGUUGCUGCUCCCGUCCCUGAACCCACUGUCACCGCACAAGGCUUCGGCUACGGUGGUGGUUCCCCCGCAUGGAAACGAGAGGCUGAGGCCGCUGUUUCCGCCCAAGGCUUUGGCUACGGUGGUGGCUCUCCUGCCUGGAAACGAGAAGCCGAAGCCGCUGUCUCUGCUCAAGGCUUCGGUUACGGUGGUGGAUCUCCUGCCUGGAAACGAGAAGCCGAAGCUGCUGUCUCUGCUCAAGGCUUCGGUUACGGUGGUGGAUCUCCCGCAUGGAAACGAGAAGCUGAGGCUGCUGUCUCCGCUCAAGGCUUCGGUUACGGUGGUGGAUCCCCUGCAUGGAAACGAGAAGCCGAAGCUGCACCCGCACCUGAACCUACUGUCGCCGCUCAAGGCUUUGGCUACGGUGGUGGAUCACCCGCAUGGAAACGAGAAGCUGAAGCUGCACCCGAACCUGCUGUGUCUGCUCAAGGUUUCGGCUACGGUGGUGGUUCCCCCGCCUGGUAA